UCUUCGUAACGAUAACGGUCGGAUUUGCAGAACCCUUGUGUGUUUAAUUGUUUGCUAUAAUCGGGUGCAGCUUGUUUUAUGACGUAUGUAAAUGCGUAUGCAGAUGUGCAUCUAAGCAUCUAAAUAGAAAUGUAGAAACGACGGUUUUUCAGUGUCAGUGGUUAGACGAAAAUUUUGUAUGUGUUUUUUUUUCUGUGCUGAAUCAACAACAUGUGAAGCCACCUUUAAAGAAAAUAAAAUAAUAUUAUACAGUGAUAUAUGUAUCUGCCCCUAAAAAAUUAAACAAAUAGUCAUCGGUUUCAAGAAGAACUGCGCGAARCAAGCAACAGCAAUGAUUAGAGGUUAAAUCUCACUUAAUGUUUGUACAAUAAUGUUCAACAAUUAGCUUCACUGUUUAAACGAAAAACACAAAAUAUUGAUAAAAGGCGCGCUUUAUUUCAGUUCCUCAAUGAAAUUAUAAUAUUACCACUAACAACACAAGCUGACUGUAACUGAACUAUUAAGUGCACAAGCCAAGUAAUCAUUGCGARGCGCAUUUGCUUGCAGCCACUACCGAAAUCGAGGCGCUCAAGCAGGCUCUGCUYGAGAAACAUAGUCAAAUUGUCGCCAUGGAAACAGCAUGCAUACAGGAAACCGAACGACAAGUUGAACUGGAAGAUAGUGUCAUUGCGUGGCAAGAUAAAUAUGAUCGUUUAUAUGAGUCACAUAAACGUGUGCAAAAAGUGAAUCAAAGUUUGGAGGAUAAAUUGCUMAAAUUGGUGGAUCGCAAUACUGGCGAGCGUGCGCAAUUGACCAGCGAUGUUGCCACUUUGAGCGUACGAUUGGCGCAAGCGAAUUUUAAUAUCGCAAAGCUGCAACGGGAAAUCGAACGCUACAAGUCGGAUAUAAAUUUAGCAAUACAACUGUUGCAGUGCAAGCCAGAUAGUUUCAUGCCACAAAAAGUAUCAUCGUUACCGAUUGAUAUACAGUCGAAAGUAUCAGCGUACAUGCGUCUGGAAACUAAUUCACACUCGGAUUCGGAAGGUAGCACUAGCGGCGUCGGCACCGCCACAACAGCUUCCUAUAAAGUGCUUCCAGCAUCGGAUUCACCGCCACCAACGGCGUGCCCCUUUCCACCUACAGCAAUGGUAUACUCAAUGCGGGGGCUUGGUAAGUACGCUAAACGUACUUCAACGGAUUCCAAUAUGAAUCUCAGCAAUAACAACAGUARUAAUAACAAUAAUAAYAAUGGCAAUAAUGACAACAACAAUAUCAAGGAGCCACUUCUGAAUAACAACAUAACAACCACCAAUAAUAAUAGCUGUGAGUCCCACACCGAACUUAAUGCUGAUAUUAUUACGAACAACAAUAGCAGCAACAGCAACCCCAUAGCAAAUUCAACGCCACACAGCAAUGAUAAUUCAAACGAUCCCGAUAUGAUUUCACCCAUUAUUAUGGCCAAGUUCCUCGAGGACGAACUGAAGGCGAGUGAAGUGAAACAUUGCGAUACUUGUCAAUGUUCCAAACAGGAUCUCACGGUACUGGCAGAUGUCUCGCGAUCCUAUACAGUUUCYACGCAAACUCCGUACCAACUACAGCUCACCGGCGGUAAUCUUAACGAACCGCUCACACAAUUGUGCCUACGUUGUCAUAGCAAUUUGAACUCACCAUCACGCACCAAUAGUCCCUAUCUGAUGAAAUUGGUGAAAUCCAGCGAUUCGGUGAUUUCGGAAACGAAAAGUUCUGUAUCGGAUCUCAACGAUAUGGAUAAAUUGUUUACACCAGCUAAAAAGGACGAUUUGAUGGUGAAUCCCAUAUUGGGACAUCAUCGUCUGUGUGAUCGUACGGCUGGCAGUGGUGCUUUGCAACAUCAAAAUGCCAUUGCAGCGGCCAAGUUGAGCACUACGCUACUGUAUCCAACCACACAUUUGGGUACUUAUGGGAAUGAAAAGUAUAUGUUGGAGACGAGUAAUAGCCUUGCAGCUGGUAUGCAAGCGAAAAGUGGUUUUCAGCGACGCUUCCUGGAGGGUGGCGGCACGGCUCUAGAGUUACUCAAUGCCGCUAUUGGCAGUGCCAGUGGUAAUGUCACAAUACAAAAUGUUGCCAAGAAGGUGACGGAACAAGUAACACCCAAAUCGGUGGGCAACGAUGAGUUGGAUGACGAGGCGAAACCUUUGCUCAGUGCAAGUUCACAAUCUAAUUUACUGGAUUAUGGUAGAUUAAAAACAAGUGUCGGUAUAGAGUUAGCUGAGUCUGCGUUGGAGCAGCAAAUGAAAUCACCAGCGAGUGUAUGUAGUGCCUCCGAUCCUAAGGAAAAUCUCUUGAAGUCUACAAUUACCGGCAGCGUGAAUAGUCUGUGGAGCAGAACGAGUAGUUGUGAGGGCGCAAAGAUGUUCGAGACCUUUAAUAGGAAUUUGAUUAAAACGAUUAAGGCUGAAAACCCCAAACACCGUGGACCACGUCUCUGCGCUAUGCGCAUACAACAGAAUGGGCAAAGCAAUAUACUGCUAGAUAAUAUAGAAUCUAUGGAAGCAGUUACGCCGAUUAUUUAUAAACGGCGUGAGCGUCUUUUGGAUGAAGAACUAGAUGACACUAAAGACAUCAUAACUUCCAACACAACAAAUAUUUCGAGCGCAGAAAUAGCAGCAACGCAACAAGCAGAAGACACAAGCAUCGGUUAUACCAUGGCUGCAGAAAAAGAAAAGUUGGCAGAUGUCAUUAUCAUACAAGCGGAUCCAUUAGAAAAGAAUACCAGCACGCAGGGGCAACGUAACGAAAUCGACGUACAAUCUGAAAUGACUGAAAAUGAAGUGGAUCCAAAUAGUUGUGUGGUAACAAGUAAUAGCCCAUAUGAACGGUUAGGUGGCGGAGGCGAGGGCGAAGGUAGAGAAAUGUUUACAGCUGAUGAUGAUGCAACUGGUGCAACAGCUACACUUAUAGACCUAACUGAAGCACCCGUUACUGUAAGCGAUUUAACAGCAGCACAAGCGGAUCAAUCCUAUACGGCGCCAAAUGAGUCUGCUCGCGUGCAGGAGAAGCGGAACUCGCUCACUUCUAAGUCAAAUGUAACGCCGACGAUCAGCGCAUUGGAUAUGGCGCUUGCGCAGACUGCAUUGGUAGCCACGGGAGCCACUCAAAUGCGCAACGAACCAGUGAGAACUGUGAGUAGUGUUCAGCAAAUGCAUAAACCAAAGCAUACAAGCAUCUAUCAUUCAUUGCAAAAUGAGUCCAGCUCCAAAACCUCACACAAUUCSAAGUCCUGCACACAGUCGAGCUCGAUAAGUGAUGCUAUUGACAUACAAGAGAGCAUUAUUUUACGGCGCCAACAGCUCAAUCGUGUGGCCGAAUGGGUGCAAAGUAAUACGCAACAACUGGAGCAGCAACAACAGCAACAGCAGCAGCAACAACAACAACGUAUACAGCAGCAACAACAAGCACUAAACUCACUGAACAAUUGCGACUCCUCGGGUGGCACAGAUCGRCAAUCAUCAUUUUCAACACUAGAUCCACUGGACUCGGUCUCCAUGGAGAAACUAUCAAUGGAUUCGGGCUAUAARACCACACCACAACCGCACACAAAUGGCUUUCAUCAACCGYUAGAUGACGCGAAUAAGUCGACYGAAGACUCACUCUCACCGAAAACCGAUACAAACUCUAGUCUUAACAACAACAACAACUACAAAAAUAGCGMACUUCUCAAUCACUACCCAACGGAUUGCAGCAAUCAACARAUGACCAUGCAUGUCUAUCCCACAAAUACAUAUUUUCGACGYACCACACGUUCCGGYCUACCUGUGGCYUACACCACACCCGAUCCGAAUGCGUCCAACACGGAGACGUUCUUAAUCAACUACAAUAAUAAUAACAACAAUAGCGCUUGCAGCACAACACCAACGCUACCCGAUCAGCCCACUUGUGAUAUACUCAACUACAAAUACUAUCCCAGUGAUACGGAUAAGACACGCGCCGUAAGCGCCGAACUCCAUACCACCACCAAGCACGUGGACAUUGCUCAAAUGGAGUACAAUGUAAAGCAAUUUCUGCUCAAGCAGAACGAAUGGUCGAUGCGCACCGGCACCACGCGUGGCGGCGGUCGAGCUGGCAUCAACACGUCGGUAUCCAACUUGAGCAGCGCCAACUCGCAGGUGACGCUUAGCAGCCAACGUACGCAGACCACAGCGAAGACAUUGCGGCACUUGAAGCUGUUUAGUGGUGUYGGUGUGGGACCAGGUUUGGGUGCGCGCGUGCAGCCACCUUUGUUAAAGGAUGCAUCGGCUGCGACGGCGACGGCGGGGUCGUUGUGCAACCGCGAGGAACGAGAGCUUAAGGUGAAGGCGGCGGUGGCGUCGGCGAAUGGCGUCGAAGGUGCGAAAGUGACAGCAGCGGUUGCAGCGAACGCCUUGCCACACAGGACUGAAACGAAUUUAUAAGAAAAUUUAGGGUUUAAACUAUUGUAAUUGCAGCUUAAGCUUAUAUAAAAUGUGCACACAUACUACAAAACAAACAAGAGUACAUACGCAAAUUUACACAAAUAUCUAUAUGUAAUUAACUAGUUUUGUAUUAAUCAGGAUCAGUGCGAGGCUGAGGCAUACAAGCAGGCGCAUGAGCUUGCCAACGGAAGAAAGGAAGCGCUAAAAUAAUUAAGCUUAACUCUAUAAACUCACCAAACCAUUAAAUUUAAUAAUACUUAACAAGUAACGGUUAUAUAAAGUCUGUAUAGAAAAAAGUCUUACUUUAAUGCCCACAUGCAUAAGGAAUUACUAUAGAAUGAUAAGGCAGAAAGUAGCGUCUAUGUACAUACACCACAUGUGGGUAGCGCGUAUAUUAAGUAUAAAAAGCGCUUUGAAUACAUAUGACAUACAUUUGUAUAUUUGUAUAUGGGUCUUUCUAUAGUCAAGCCAGUCUGAAUUAAUUAAAAUUAUUAUUUUUUGAUUGAAUUGAUGAAAUUGUUUAAGCUGAAAAUAGGCAAAAAAGUGGCAAUUCAACUUAGGUGACAUGGAGUAUGAUCAACUCUUUAGCAAUCCUUUAACUUUUCGAUACCAUUUUCACUUCCUAAGGAGCAUUCUCUUGAGUUUUCACGAUUAAAAUCAUUUAGUUUKAACAUUUCUUUCAUUGGAUUUAGAGACUAUGAUUAGGUAGAUUGUGAGCUACACCCACUUUGCUAAUAAUUCAUACUCAAAUAUUCAUUACCAAUUUGCCCAAAAUGCCCUUUAAUAACUUCAGUCUGUAAGCAUCUCAUACAAAGAUCGUGCUUUGUUCUUUUCGGUGCUAACAAAUAUCGCACGGAAACUAGAAAGCCACUUAUCACUUAUCUGGAAGCGUUUUCGUACUGUCAAAAGCUUUUUAUUUCAAAUCGACAAAGAGGUAGUGUGUGCCGAUCCUCUUUUCACUGGUCCUUACCAAGAUUUGGCGCAUGGUGAAUAUCUGGUCUGUUGUUGAUUUUUCAGGCAUAAAGCCACAGUGAUAAAGUCCAAACAGUUUGUUGACGGUGAGCUUUAAUCUUUCASGAAAUACGCUCGAUAGAAAACCGAUUGACCGACAGAACUUCACAUCUGCAUAAAAAAACGUUAAACUGACUGAGGUACAGAAUCGGAGUUCUCGCAGCAAAAAAAAAUUUCUAUAUUCGCUAACUGAAGAAAAAUAGUCCUAAUUUUUGCUUACAAUUUUGAAAGCUUAAAUUAGUUGCUUUGUUUGCUGAAUAUUUAAAUUUUUCAAUCACUGGCUAAUUGAUAAGACAGGGGUAUGGUGGAACCACCGGAACUAAAAUCGUUUCACUCUAUUAUGUUCUUUCUAAACCAUCCUGUGCUCUUGAUGGAGUUAAUCAAUACCCAAAGUUUUAUUUGUGAAACCUUCGAGACUUCCUCAAGRAACUAUCGACCGAUAGUGCGAAAUCCUUUUCUUUGCAUAGAAGAUAUUCUAUAGUAUCUUCUUCAACCGCUUGACAGCUUCUACAAUAUUAAUGUUGUGAUAUUCUCAGCCUGAUGUCAUGCCCACCAAUAAGGCAGUGAUCUGUUAGUACUCCUACUAGAGUUUAAAUGUCAUUCCGUUACAAUUUUAAUAGCCGGRAUGGGUGGUYCAUAUUCCAUUUAYGACACGUUUACCURUUAAUUGAGCAAGUUAGAUAUUAACUCCACCGAAACCCAGCUAAAUGCGGUMAUUUUGCUUGUUUACAUACCCAUUGAGAAAGAAAUGGGCCCAAUUGCUGAACAAAAUUUGGCUCGAAAACAACGGAUCUUCUUUGAACUUUUCAAGAGCCAAUAGAGCAACUUAAUUUCGCUUGGAAGAUACGCUUUCAAUUUAAGAUAUCGUUGUAAAAUAUUCCUUACGUUAGUCCGAGUCGCUGCGAACGGCAUCGGCCAUCGAAUAAUCAAUGCUGGGUCUCAAGAUGGGUGAUGAUGUUUUGAAUGGUACGCUGAGUAGACCGUUUAUGUUGACUAUAAGUUGAGCGAAGCGUGAGAAACACAUUCUUUACAGAACGUGAAAUUUCGUAAUGAAG